UCCUUAAGCCAAAAUCCCUCCCUGGUAUUUAAUUCUAAAUUAGUCAUUACUGGGUGUGUCAGUGUGUCUUAGGUUUGCAGGUAGGUUGGGUGAAGGAGCUCAUUUGUGCGCUGGCUUUGGAGCGAAUUGCACUCUCACACAGACACACUCAUUCUGAAAGACGCUGAGGGUAUCCGUGGGGAGCCACUGAAGAACCCAGUCACUUAGGGGGAACAGACCACAUACAGGCGCCAAGAUGUGUGACAUGGGGGGACUGGAUAACCUGGUGGCCAACACGGCCUACCUAAAAGCCCAGGGCGGAGAUGACAAGGAGAUGAAAAAGCGCCGUCGAAGCUUGUCUCUCCCCAAGCCGGAGCAAUGUGCUUCAGUACGAGCGUCCAUUGACAAGGACUUUACGUCGCUUUGUGAAAAGCAGCCUAUUGGCAAAAAGUUUUUCCGUGACUUCCUGGCAAAUACUGCUGAGUUUAAGCUUGCCGCUGAUUUCCUGGAUGACCUGUUGGACUGGGAUCUGGCUGAAAAUGCAGCAAAAGAGAAGGCACGCAAAAACAUUAUGACAACAUAUUGCAAGGCCGACUCCAAGAGCUUCCUGACCUUUCUCUCUGGAGAGCCGGCUGAAAAACUCAAGUCUGUGACAGAUGCCAACUUUUCGGAGGUGAUGAAAGGCAAAGUCCAGGACGGUGUAAGAGAAUUUCUUCAAGGCAAACCCUUCACAGAUUACCAGGCCAGCCCUAACUUUGAUAAAUUCCUCCAGUGGAAAGAGUAUGAGAAACAGCCUAUCAGUGACAAAUACUUCUAUGAGUUUAGAACUCUUGGCAAAGGAGGCUUCGGGGAGGUGUGUGCUGUUCAGGUGAAGAACACAGGGCAGAUGUACGCCUGCAAGAAAUUGUGUAAAAAGCGACUGAAGAAGAAGGGUGGAGAGAAGAUGGCCCUGCUGGAGAAGAAGAUCUUGGAGAAGGUUAACAGCUUGUUUCUGGUCAACUUGGGCUACGCUUAUGACACCAAGACCCACCUGUGCCUUGUUAUGACCCUGAUGAACGGAGGAGACCUCAGGUACCACAUUUACAACAUGGGCUACGAUGGCAAGGGCGUGGACAAGGGCAUUGAGAUGAAGCGCAUCAUCCACUACACGGCGCAGAUCACCACUGGCAUUCUGCAUCUGCAUGAGAUGGAUAUCGUAUACCGUGACAUGAAGCCGGAGAAUGUGUUGCUGGAUAGCCAGGGCCAAUGCCGACUUUCAGAUUUGGGUCUGGCCAUAGAGCUUCCUGCAGGGAAAACCGUCACCCAGAUGGCUGGUACCGGAGCAUACAUGGCCCCUGAGCUCCUGAGCAAAACUCCGUACAGGACAUCAGUGGACUGGUGGGCCCUGGGCUGCAGUAUCUACGAGAUGGUGGCCGGUUACACGCCUUUCAAAGGCCCCGAGAGCAAGAAGGAGAAGGUGGAGAAGGAGGAGGUGCAGCGCCGCAUUCUCAACGAGGAACCUAAGUGGGAGCACAGGUGCUUUGAUGCUGCCACCAAGGACAUCAUCCAGCAGUUCCUGAAGAAGAAAAUUGAAGAGCGCCUGGGCAUGAAAAACAACAUGGAGGAUCCCAGGAAGCACGAGUGGUUCAAGACCAUCAACUUCCCCCGUCUGGAGGCCGGGCUGGUGGAUCCUCCAUGGGUGCCCAAGCCCAAUGUCGUCUACGCCAAGGACACCGACGAUAUCGCCGAGUUUUCCGAGAUCAAGGGCAUCGAGUUUGACGCCAAUGACAAUAAAUUCUUCAAGGAGUUUAGUACAGGCGCUGUGCCCAUUCAGUGGCAGCACGAGAUGAUUGACACUGGACUGUUCGAUGAGCUCAACGAUCCCAACAGGAAAGAGGGCGGCGGAGAUCCUGACGACGAGAAGAAAUCCGGCACGUGCAUUUUACUGUGAGAAGCCACACGUUUGAUAUACCAGUGAUAACCCUCCAUGAUUUGUUUCAGUCAGACUGAUCCUUGAUGUAAAAGAUGAAUCAGGAAAGAGGCGAGCAUGAUCGUCUUGUUGAGAAACAUGUAUCAUCCCUUCUCUUUUAAGGAUGCCCAAGGUUUAGAGAUGCACAGCUUUGGAGGCACGGUUUGGUGAAACAUGGAGGAUGUGAUGAUGAAAUUUGAGCAUCAUCUCUCUGGUUCUCAGCUUCUUUUGCAAAUAUCUAACAAUGUAGACUUGCAACUACAGCUAGGAGUAAUUUAUACAACCUUCUCAUUGAAGAUACUACAGUUAGAUUAGUUAGUCGAAGGCCUUUGUGCCAUGAUUACUAUAUUACUUAAAGAAACUGUUUCUAACAGUGUUUGCAGUAGUAUUACCUGCUGCAUUCAACACUGAGCUUUAAACAAAUUGGAACAAAAACACGUGGAAAUAAUGGAUUAUGUAAAAGUUACAGCAUUACUAUGCCCUUUAUUGAUGCCAUCAUACAGUCACAAUGUUUCUACAGUGCAAUUGUGGCAGAGAUAGAUCUAGUGUCUAAUAUUACAUGUUAUGAUCCUAAAUUUCAUCAGUAAGGAUGAUCACUGCAUUUACAUCCAGUUGGUUUUCCUUCUGCCCCGACACAUUAGUUUUAUAAAAACUAUAAAAAGCGAUUGUAUGUAUUGUAAAUAACGAAGUAUAUCUAUAUCUAUGCACAAUGAGAGAAAGGCUAAGAUGUAAGUCAUCUGAAAUUUAGGAUUUAUUUUAAAGAAAAUGAUACAGUUCACUGAGUCCCUCUACUGUUGGUGCUAUGAGGCUCAACUUAGUGAGAAAUGGAGACGGUUUAGUCCUGGGAUGCUGGGAGAAAGAUGAGUGCAGGAAGUUAAUCGCUGCAUAUGAAGGAAGAAAACUUUAGAGGAGCUGGACAAUAAAUUCCUGGACCAGGAACAUGCAGGUUGCCCUGUCCACGGCCAUGAAACACGGUGACACUUCAGGGCUGUUCUCUUAGUUUGAGAUGAGUGUGAAUCACUCAAACUAGACCUGAAACACACUCCACUGUUGUGGUUGUUAAGCUGAGUAGAGAGACUUGGGUUAGUUCAAAAGAGAAUCCUUGUUAUUCUUGUUUACGUGUCUCAGGGUAAUUAAUGCUUAAUUUUUUGAAUUUUCAGAUCUUGGACAGAGUUGAGUUUUUACGUUAAUGUUAAUAAGAUAUAAAUAUAUAUAUAUAUAUAUAUAUAUAUGAUACAUGUACUUGUAAAUAUAAGAUGAAAGGAAUUGCUACUGUAGAAAUGU